UAUCCUGAAUCCUGGUUUCACUCAGAGAGCACACGGACGCGGAGGACAGCAUCUGCAGGACUUCGGCGUUUUAAACUCUUUUUAAAAACGGUCAACAUGGCUGUGGCUGAAGCAGUGAUGCCUGCCUUAAUCUCGUUUCCGAGUCUCAAAGGACUGGAUAAUGUGGAUGAGGGAGUGCAGAACAGCGCAACAGGUGAUGCAAAUAACCCGCCGUGGGAAGUGGAGUUCAACAUGGUGCGUUCUCCUGCUUUACCCUCCAAAGAAGACGACGAACUGGGAAAGUUUUUGGAUCUUGAUUUUAUUUUGUCCAACACCAUCGGCCGCGAUGCUCUAAGCGACAGCGACGGCAAUGGGAACAUCCCACCAACGCAGCAGCAGCAGAACUGCAUGUAUUCUCUCCCGGAUUCGCCGGAAAGCUGCAGCGGUGGUGCUGUGACGGAGUGCAGCGAUCAUCCUCCCUCUCACCUGGGCUGCCACGGAACUGCAAACGUCGCAAAGUCGAGCCCAGCUCACAGUCUUAUGGUGGAGCUUCUCAGGCCUGAGAUAGGUUACCCGGCUGAUGCUUCACCGGACUGCGCGGGCAAGGAGAGAGAUGACCGGGAAUUCACCGAACUGCGAGCUUUGAAUUCAGCCUCAAUUCCAUCGGCUCCCCUUCACCGCCCAGCUGCCACCGCACCGAUCCCGCUUGGAUAUAAAAUCAAAACCGAGUCUGGGGGUCCAUCUUGCAUGAUGGCCGCCAGCGGUGAGAACUUUAUGGAACACGUUCACGAGAAAAACCUAAUGCAGCCAGUAACCUUUACGCACCACCAGGCUGCAUUUCAUGGUGGGUUGCAGGCUCACGGCACGCAUCCCAUGCAGCACGCUGCAUCCCACGGACAUACGGCACACUACCACUUAAAUGCGCACAUGAGCUCUCACCAUCCCAGUAAUCAAAGCCAUCUCCAGGGUCAAUAUAUGAACGCGCCAUAUCACUCGAUUUACGCACACCAGGGUGUGCCAUCGUUUCAGGGACACUACAACGCGCAGAGAGAGCAGGUCCACGUUCACCAGCAGCAACAGCAGCAGCGUCCACUGUCGAUGCAGGGGAUGGUGCUCACUCCUCCCUCUUCUCCUUCUCCGGUUCUGCUCGAGUUUUACUCGCAGGAUGAGACCGGGUGCAUGAAGCAGAAACGAGCCCGCAGAUCGUGGGCUAGAAAACGCGCUGCCACGCACAACUGCGAGUUCCCCGGCUGUGGAAAGACUUACACAAAGAGCUCCCAUCUCAAAGCGCACAUGAGAACACACACAGGUGAGAAGCCCUACCACUGUAACUGGGAAGGAUGCGGCUGGAAGUUCGCCAGAUCAGACGAAUUGACCCGCCACUUCAGAAAGCACACCGGACACAGACCCUUCCAGUGCCACCUCUGCGAACGUGCCUUCUCCCGUUCAGACCACUUGGCUCUCCACAUGAAGAGGCACAUGUAGGCCACAGUUCUUCUGGACUCUUGCAUCCAUAAGAAUCCACCCCUCAGAAGAGGACCGACUUGGUUUCUCCCUGCUGGACUGUCCAAAAUCAGUGUAGCAUGAACUGUUUCCCCCUGACAGACAGUUGCAGUUGUCCUCUUCCACUCCACUCUUAUUUUUUUAUUACCACUUGUAUACUGCCAAAUUAAGUGCCUCUGGUGGUUACUGUACAUACAGAAUCUGUGCAUACAUGUAUAACACUGCCUAAAUUCUAGUUCAGUAGUAUUUAAGACACUUCCUCACACUGUCUCUAAAAUAAGUUAUUGACGUGAGUGCCUUACCAGAAUUACAUAGGCCUAUCUGCUCAUCCUGAGCAGUUUUUGUAUUUUUGUAAUGUUUACAUCUUGUAUCUUUGAUACUAUAAUCAGUCAGGGUGGUAAUUAUUAUUAUUUUUUUUUUUUUGGUAUUCUGUUUUCUUAUCGUAGAUUGUAAACAUUUGCUAAGCAUUGUAGACUGCUGUGGAUCUUUAUAGUCUGGUUCAGCAAAGAUUCAGGUACUAAAUUGUUUAUAGGAUCCCAAGAAACUGGUGCAGUGUGAAAUGUAUUUUUUUUUUUGUUAAUGAGAGUUUUUGGCAAAGUUGUCCCUGUGGUUUUGUUUUUUGUUAUGUUUUUAUGUUUGCUGUGAGAAAGAAUCCACUGCAACCAAUGGUCGAUUUGGUGAACUUGAAAAGUGUCAUUCUCCUAACAUGCAGUUGUUUUAAAUUGCGCUCAAGGGCUCCAAAAUAAAAGUUUGUUUACAAAUGCA